CUAAACACCACACCAUAUGUUAGUAUCUUAAGGACGGCGAUGUGGCACUCUCGGGUACUUCGACACAUUUCCGCGCUGGAUUUGUGUAUUUUGGAGCAGCGCGGGUCGACGCUGAGUUAUCGAUAUUGGGAGUCCACGGACUGGAUGCGGGAGUCGUAUCAGAGGACCUCCGCCGCGCAGCGUUUCAGGUGCGAGGAGCGUGCGGCCUCGCUCUGCGAGGAAUUUGAGCGGAUGGAGCAUCUCGACCACUCCUUUCUGGACCGUUAGGCGUUUCAUCAGUUUGGCGUCCCAGCGUUGAAUUCCUUUUAUUCGGUUUGGGAGGCAGCGUCAAUACCGAGAGUUUGUAUGCGGUGAUGCGAAUUGGGACGCUCAAAGGAUGCGAUGGGGUUUUGCAUCCACAUAUCGUUAUCCAGAUAUUGGUUUAAAUCUCGAUACCAAUAGUUGUGUGUCUCUGUGUGAGUAUUAAUAACUAGUAAUGACGGAAAAAAAAACAAUCCUUCUUUUGAGCGCUAGACAUCUGUAAUAAAGCGAUUAUAAUCUUCACAAAAAGCUCAAGGACCACCACCACCUUUUGAUUGUGUUUA